AUGGCCUCUAAAAUCGAAUUUCCAAAAGACGUCGAGUCCAAGACUCACAGCAUGGGGGCCGAUGACUCCAUUGAUGCCACUGAAGGCAAUUUCGAGGAGGUCAAGCGUGACCUGGAGUCACGACACAUUAACAUGAUCGCCAUUGCUGGCAUGAUCGUUAGUGCUCCCCCGUCCAUUGAAUCGCCCAAAACCAUUGCCACUGCAGGCCCGGCCGGGGCCUUCAUGGCCUACAUCGUCAUGGGUUUUGUUACAGCUGGAGUGUCUUACACCACGGGUGAGAUAACCACGUUCAUGCUCUCAACGGGUGGAUUUGUAAGACACGCAACGAAGUUUGUCGAGCCAGCACUUGGAGCUGCAACAGGAUGGAACUUCUGGUAUACUAUGGCCAUCUCAGCACCAAUGGAAAUCACAGCUGCCGCUACCUUGAUUCAAUUCUGGAAUACUGAAGUCAACGUCGCCGUAUGGAUUGCUGUCUUUGGCUUCUUAAUUGUCGCGCUGAACUUCUGCGGAGUCCGACUGUACGGUGAAUCGGAGGUUGUAUUUGCUUGUCUCAAAAUUAUGCUCAUCAUCGGUUGCAUCAUUGGAGGACUUGUCAUUGACCUCGGGGGCGGUCCCGACCAUCAUCGACUUGGUUUUCACUAUUGGAACACUCCGGGUGCCUUCAACGAAUAUAUUGCGUCGGGUUCCACAGGCAGAUUUCUUGCCUUCUGGAAGAUCCUCCUGACUGCGGCUUUCAGCUACGGAAAUAUUCAAGUUGUGGCCAUUGCUGGGUCCGAAACAAAGAACCCUCGCUUGACCAUCCCAAAUGCCACCAGAAAAACCUUCAUCAGAAUCUUCCUAUUUUACGUCCUCGGAAUUUUUAUCGUUGGCUUGAUUGUGCCUUUCAACGAUAAAUCUCUGUCUCUUUCCACGGGCACAGCUUCCGAGUCUCCAUUUGUGAUCGCAUUUACACGUGCAGGUAUAUCUAAGGUACCGCACAUCAUCAAUGCAGUCGUCUGUACUUCUGCCAUCAGCAGUGGUUCAAGCUGUAUCUUCUUGGCAUCUCGUACUCUCUACGGUCUCAGCCAAGACGGCCAUGCCCCUCGAGUAUUCCAGCGAUGCAACCGUUUCGGAACUCCAUGGUAUGCCGUGGGUCUUAGCUCCGCUCUGAUGCCGUUGGCAUUCAUAUCAGUCGAUUCUACUUCGUCGGUUGUCUUUGGAUGGUUUGUGAAUAUCACAACUGUGGCUGGACUGAUUGGAUGGAUCGUUAUCGAGGCGACAUACUUGCGAUUCUGGCGUGCACUCUCCGCCCAAAACAUCUCCAGGGAGAGACUACCGUACAGAAGCCCAUUGCAGCCUUAUACGGCUAUUUCCACUUUGGUCAUGGUAACCUUGAUUGUCUUUUUUCUC